AUGAUCAGACAAAGGAUAGACUCUGAUGAUGUCAUCACACGAGACGAGCAGAUUUACCUCCUGAUUGGUCCCCGUGCCAAGUGUGAGAGGAUAAUCCAUUCCCAGCUGGCCAUAGUCAAAGAAGAUGACUGUGUACCGGAGUGGGAUGGGAUUAUCUGCUGGCCCAGAGGGAAGCCUAGUCAGCUGGUCUCGGUUCUAUGUCCAGAAUACAUCUACGACUUCAACCACAGAGGUCAGGCCUAUCGUCAGUGUGAUUCCUCAGGGAACUGGGAGCAGGUGCCUAGCAUCAACCGCACCUGGGCCAACUACACUGAGUGUACCACCUACCUAUUGUCUAGCCAUAGAAGCCAGGAAGAGGAGGUGUUUGAGCGGCUACACUUGAUGUACACCAUUGGCUACUCCAUCUCUCUGGUAUCCCUACUGGUGGCUGUCUCGAUUCUCUGCUACUUCAAGCGUCUCCACUGUACACGGAACUACAUCCACAUUCACCUCUUCACCUCCUUUGUGUUUCGGGCCAUCAGUAUCUUUGUGAAGGAUGCUGUCCUCUAUGCCAUGUCUGACGAUGGAAAGACUGAAGCAGAGGAAUUGGCAGAGAGACCCCAUAUGGUGGGCUGUAAGGUGGCCGUAACUCUCUUCCUGUAUUUCCUGGCGACCAAUCACUACUGGAUCCUGGUGGAGGGGCUGUACCUGCACAGCCUCAUCUUCAUGGCCUUCCUCUCAGACAAGAACUACCUGUGGGCGCUCACCAUCAUCGGCUGGGGUGUCCCUGCAGUGUUUGUGUCCAUUUGGGUCAGUGCGCGAGCAUCACUGGCAGACACUCAGUGCUGGGACAUCAGUGCGGGAAAUCUGAAGUGGAUCUAUCAAGUCCCAAUUCUUGCAGCCAUUGUAGUGAACUUCUUCCUGUUCCUCAACAUCAUACGAGUGUUGGCCUCUAAGUUGUGGGAGACCAACACAGGCAAACUGGACCCCCGUCAGCAGUACAGGAAGCUGUUGAAAUCCACCCUUGUCCUGAUGCCCUUGUUUGGAGUGCACUAUAUGGUGUUUAUGGCUCUACCCUACACUGAGGUUACCGGCCUGUUGUGGCAGGUGCAGAUGCACUACGAGAUGUUCUUCAACUCUUCCCAGGGAUUCUUUGUGGCAUUCAUCUACUGUUUCUGCAAUGGGGAGGUGCAGGCGGAGGUAAAGAAGGCAUGGCUACGGCGGAGCCUGGCCUUGGACCUCAAACAGAAGACCCGGGUGACCAGCAGUGGGGGCGGGGGCAGCUGCUACUAUGGCGGCAUGAUGUCACACACCACCACCCACAGCGUGAGUCUGACUGUGGCCAAUCCCAGAGGAAUGUCCCUGAAUGGGGCAGGGGCCCCUGGGAUGGGAGGAGCUGGGGGAAGCAAUGGGGGAGGGGGAAGCAGGCAGCCACGCCUCACCUCCUCCUUCCACCCCCUCACCAACCUGCCAGGUUACGUGCCCAGCAACAUGGAGACCCCCAGGCAGAAACUUGUUAUUUGGAGGCCUGGGGUGGGAGCUGGAGCUGAGGCCGGUGUUAGUGCCUUUCCCAGGAACCCCAGGGCUGCUAGCGAGGGGAUCCAAGGGGGUGGUGGUGGAGCCAAGACAGAGCCUGCAGUCUCUGUGCCCCAGCGGUUGGGAGACGAGGACCCCUGCUGCUCUUUGUCUCUAAAGGAACUAGAGACCAUCUUGUGAACUGGAACUGUCAGAUCUAUGGCGUCUAAAAGUGAGAGCAGCACUGUAUCAGAUGGCUUUACUUAUCCAGAUUCCUGCCAUGGAUCCAUAUCAAGGCUCCAUUCAAGUGAUCUCCAAUCACCUAUUUGAAUCUCCCCUGAAUCCCUCGUUUGACUGAUGUCUGAAGACUUAGCUACGUACAUUUAGUUGGGGUUAAAGAAUCAUUGUGUGUAAACUGGUCUGAUGACACGAUUAUCAAUAGAACAUUGAUCCAAUGAUCAUGAGAAAUAACAUGUACUUGUAGCAUGAUUGGUGAUUUAAUGUAUCAGUGGUUGUAAUAAAGAACCCAAUGACUAGUGAGUUGCUGCACCCAUUAUGGAAUGUGGAGUCCUGCAUGCCUUUCUACACGUGCCAUAUUUGUUUGACAGACCAUUGUUUUUCCUUUUAUAUUUGCCUGUCUGUCUGCUUGUCUGCUUUCUCUGAUCUCUUCUCUGUCUGCCUAACAAUUCAUGCACUAUUUGUCUAUUGUAGUGAGAUGUAAUUUUUUAUCUGAGAAAAACGUGGAAAUUAAGCUUUUACAGCAAUGAAUAAGCAGCAGUAGGCUGCAUUUGAAGACAUCCUUACCUGGGGCCCAUCGCCCAAUGAGCAAGACUGGUGCAUUUAAAAUCCCAAUACACUUUACCAUAAAACAAUAAUAGAAUAAUAAAAUAACAAAAACACAUUUCUAAAACAGUAAAAUAUCAGCUCAGGAUUUACCUUCUUUACAGAUGUAAAGAAAUUGUUAUUUUGGAUAGUGAUAGCACACUUGCUAUGUACAGUGCAUUCGGAAAGUAUUCAGACCCCUUCACUUUUUCCACAUUUUGUUA